GGCUGGUCUGGAGAACAUGGUUGGGAUUGUUUUGAUGGGACGGUGGCGGAGCCAUCUUGUUUUAUAUCCGUCCUAAGCCCGUUUACCGAGCCAGAUGAAACAGCCAUGGAAUAUGAUACUAUAUCCCGCCUGAAAUAAACACAUUCGAGUAUCGAAACUCAUUUCUUAUCGACGGAAUAUACGCAGCGAGCAGAAUCAGUCGCUCGAUCAUUUAUUUAUCAACAUCGGGACUGGUGCUUUAAGUGCAUUUUCUCUCGCACAUUUUCUCUGGUGUAAGAUACUAUGAAUGGAGGAUAAAUGUUGCCGAAGGCUGACAGCGGUGGUUUUGUGCUUCUCCUCUUCAUUCUGACAACAACAGAUCCACCACGGACAGGUCCACGGGUCGCUCGGGCCAGACUGCUGUCAGAGCUGCGCUGCAGUCCUGGCCAGUUUGCCUGCCAGAGUGGAAAACUGCAGUGCAUCCCCCUGACCUGGCAGUGCGAUGGUUGGACGGCCUGUGAGGACAAAAGCGAUGAGAUAGAUUGCCCUACAAUAAAGGAGGAACGGUAUCGUUACAGCAACGGUUUUGAGCCGGUGGAGGACGUCAUGGGUGUCGCUCAGCCAGUGCGCUUCAACAAGAAGUGUCCGACUGGCUGGCACCAUUACGAAAAAACAGCUAGCUGUUAUAAAGUCUACCUGAGGAGUGAGAACUACUGGCAGGCGGUGGAAACGUGUCAGAAAGUCAACGGCUCCCUCGCAACGUUCGGCACCAAUGAAGAGCUGCAGUUCAUCCUCAAGAUCGAGGUGGACUUCGACGAGAAGGUGUGCGAGCGAAAGGACCAGUGCAAGUUCUGGGUGGGAUAUCAGUAUGUGAUUACUAACCAGAAUCAUUCACUGGAGGGCCGUUGGGAAGUGGCAUAUAAAGGGUCCAUGCAGGUGUUUCUGCCUCCGGAGGGUCUGGCUAACUUCGGCGAGGCCAACCCUACGCAGGAUAACGUGUUUUGCGCCCAGCUGCAGCGCUUCCAGAUCAAGAGCAUGAACGAGCGGGGCUUGCACAGCUGGCACGCGGAAAACUGCUACAAAAAAUUCCCCUUCCUCUGCAAGAGAAGACAAACUUGUGUGGAUAUCAAAGACAAUGUGGUGAAUGAGGGCUAUUACUUCACGCCUAAAGGGGACGACCCGUGUCUGAGCUGCACGUGUCACGACGGUGAGCCGGAGAUGUGUGUGGCCGCCCUGUGUGAGCGCCCGCAGGGCUGCCAGCAUUUCCGCAAGGACCCGAAAGAGUGUUGCAAGUUCACCUGCUUGGAUCCCGACGGCAGCAGUCUGUUUGACUCUAUGGCCAGUGGCAUGCGGCUCAUUGUGAGCUGCAUCUCGUCCUUCCUCAUCCUCUCUCUGUUGCUCUUCAUGGUGCACAGACUGAGGCAGCGGCGGCGAGAACGCAUCGAAACCCUCAUUGGAGGAAACUUGCAUCAUUUUAAUCUGGGUCGGAGAGUCCCUGGCUUUGACUACGGGCCGGAUGUGUUCGGAACGGGCCUGACGCCUUUGCACCUCUCCGAUGAUGGUGAAGGUGGAGCGUUCCACUUCCAGGAGCCCCCGCCCCCUUAUGCUGCCUACAAAUACCCAGAUAUCCACCACCCCGAUGACCCUCCUCCUCCAUAUGAGGCCUCCAUCAACCCAGACAGCAUCCUCUACAUGGACCUCGGGCGGACCGUGGUGCCGCUCGCGACUGGGCAUGUGAGCGGCGCAGCCAACUCUCUCCAGAGGGAUUUCCCUGAGCCGGCGCUCCCCGCCCCCCCGCCGCCCCUGGAGGAGCGCGAGGACUCCAUCGACAGCAGCACCUUACUGGUCUCUCCAGACACCCCCAGCGAAUCAGAGGCCAGCAUCACGCAGAGCUCCAGCGCAGACUGCAGCAGCGGCCCCUCGCUGAGCACCAUGGUGUAGGUCAUAGGGUACGUGUCCAGACUGAUCGCUCUACUAAAUCAAGGAGGCUGUAGGACUGUUCAGAGCAGAGACUUCAGACGUGAAAGAAAAGACGCUUGUUUCGGGUUUUUAUUCUGCGUUUUUUCAGCUCGAGUCACAUGUAAAUACUUCCAUCGGCCAUCGGUUGACUGGCUUGAUGUUGGGGAGGGCCGAUAGAGCACCUCUCUCUGAGGUUUACACUGGCAUGUGUCGAUCACCACACUUUGAGUGAAUGAACCGGUUGAUGAAAAGACAUUUUAGGCCUUAGUGGUGUAAUUCAGUCAACCUGACGUUCUCUCACUGGAAUCAUGUCCUGCACACUGACUCUUUCCUGGCACAAAGAAGCUAUUACUUUCUUGAUUCAUUACUGCUCUGUCCAAACUGACCCUAAAGAAAGCUUUCUUGUGUGGUCAGCCACCU